CACACACACACACACACACACACACACACACACACACACACACACACACACACACACACACACACACACACACACACACACACACACACACACACACACACUGAGCAGCAAAUGAUGACACAUAAGAUAAAAUAAUUCAAAAUGCAUCAUUAUUAAUUCCAGUGAGCAAUGCUCACUUCUGCUCUAAUUGGACCUUCAAAUAUCUCCAUACGUUUUAAUCUCCAUUUCUUUUUUAAGUGCAUCACUCUCUCCCUAAAUGCUUCCCACCAAACCAAGGGGCUGGUCAACAAGUCUGAAUUUGCCUCUCACGUCUACAUCGGUUCUCGUCAGGGGCUUUCGCUCUCGUCACAUUCCAGCGCGUGAAGAAUAACAUAGGUACGAGAUUAGUCAGAGGAAGACGAAAGAAGAGGAGCAAGCAUGAAGAAGAGACGUAAAGACUGAAACAGAGUGGACACACAGAAGCCAUACCAGGACAGCAGAAAAAGCGGCCAACUGACACCAAUGGGCCAUGGGUUCACAGCAUCUUGGCCUGUUUUGUUGUAUGCUGAUCUGCUCUUGUGAAGGGCUGACAGGUAGGAGUUCCCUGAGCCCUUACAUCCGCCACUACGAGGGCCUGUCGUACGACCGGCCGGGGGUCCACCGGCAGCGUCACCUGCUGACCAAGAGAGCAACGUCCCCGCAUCAGGACCGCCGCGCACUGCAGCUGAACUUCACCGCCUUCCACAGAGAGUUCCGGUUGCGGUUGAGGCGGGACACAACGGGGUUCUCAGAGGAGUUCAAGGUGGUGGACGAGAAGGGGGCCAUCGCAGCCAACCUCUCUCACUUAUACUCAGGAACUCUUGAGGGUGAGCAGGAUGCGUCCUGCCACGGCUCCCUGCUCCUGGGUCAGUUCGAGGGCUCCGUGCGGACCAGCAACGGGACGUACCACAUAGAGCCGCUCCAUCGGUACACCAGCCGGCCGGACGAACACCACUCCAUCAUCUACCAUGAAGACGACAUGGUCCUCCCGUCAUGGGGGGCCGCUCCCAGUGGAUUCUGUGGUGCCGAGGGUCUGCAGCGCCACGCCCAGCAGCUCGGCCCGGACGAGGGGGCACCAGUGAACCGGUCCAGGAGAACCGCGGAUGAGUUCAAGACCACUUGCAUGCUGCACCUUCAGGCCGACCACCUGUACUUCAAGAAGUUCAAAUCAGUCGAGGCUGUGGUGGCUCAGGUGUCUUCAUUCAUACGAGCCGUGAAUGAUAUCUACGACAAGGUGGACUUUGAGGGAAUCAAGCUGAUCAACUUCAAAGUGAAGUCCCUCACUGUGAUCACCGAGGAGGACGUGGACGACCCUCUGCAACGGCUCUUCCUCGGCCCCGAGAAGCUGCUGAGUCUGUACUCUGAGAGCAACUGGGGGAACUACUGCCUGUCCUACCUGCUCACCAACCGCGACUACAGCGGCGUGCUGGGUCUCGCCUGGGAGGGGAAGGCGGGUGAGAGCUGCUCCAUUGACCUGUGUGUGUGUGUGUGUGUGUGUGUGUGUGGGUGUGUGUGUGUGUGUGUGUGUCUGUGUGUGUGUGUGUGUGUGUGUGUGUGUGUGUGUGUGUGUGUGUGUGUGUGUGUGUGUGUGUGUGUGUGUGUGUGUGUGUGUGUGUGUGUGUGUGUGUGUGAGUGAGUAAGACAGGAUGAGAAUAA